AUGGUCGUAGCUAUAGGAUUUGAAGGAAGUGCCAAUAAAUUGGGUGUGGGAAUUAUUAGAGAUGGAGAAAUACUUGCGAAUUGUCGACGGACGUUUAUAACACCGCCCGGGGAAGGUUUUCUGCCCCGAGAAACAGCAGAACAUCAUAGGCAGAAUAUCCAUGAGGUUUUAAAAGAGGCCUUAGAUCAAUCAGGACUAAAACCUGAAGAAUUGGAUGUUGUAUGUUACACCAAAGGACCAGGAAUGGGUGCACCAUUAAGUGUGUGUGCUAUAGUCGCAAGAACUUGUGCCUUGUUGUGGAACAAACCUAUACUUGGUGUUAAUCAUUGUAUUGGACAUAUUGAAAUGGGAAGAUUGAUAACAAAAGCCAAUAAUCCAACUGUUUUAUAUGUAAGUGGGGGUAACACACAAAUAAUAGCUUACUCAAGACGAAGAUACAGGAUAUUUGGUGAAACAAUUGAUAUUGCUGUAGGAAAUUGCUUAGAUAGAUUCGCAAGAGUAUUAAAACUGUCAAAUGCACCAAGCCCUGGAUACAAUAUAGAACAAAUGGCAAAAAGUGGAAAGAAAUAUUUACAUUUGCCGUACUGUGUCAAAGGAAUGGAUGUUAGUUUCUCUGGAAUUCUAUCAUACAUGGAAGACAAAAUAGAUGACUUGCUGAAGGAUUACACUCCUGAAGAUUUGUGCUACUCGCUACAGGAGACAGUUUUUGCUAUGUUAGUGGAAAUCACUGAGAGAGCCAUGGCGCACUGUGCUUCAGAUGAGGUGUUAAUAGUUGGUGGUGUCGGUUGCAAUGAAAGAUUACAAGAGAUGAUGGGCGUAAUGUGUGAAGAGAGAGGAGCCAAAAUAUUUGCAACUGAUGAGCGAUUUUGCAUAGACAAUGGUGUUAUGAUCGCAUAUGCAGGUGCUUUGGCAUAUGCAUCCGGAACUAGAAUGGAGUUUGAAGAUGCAACGAUCACUCAGCGAUAUAGAACUGAUGACGUUUUGGUUACUUGGCGAAAUGAUUAA